UCAUGUGCAAUUAUCUCUUAUCACAUGAGAACAUAAUGGCCGCAUUGAGAAGAAUAGGGGUACCUUUUCUGCGUGGAUUUCUUCGUCCUGGGACAUCUACUUCUCUACCUAGGCCGUCUCUGGACUCGGGAGCAGCUGUGGUUCAAUGUAGAAGGUCAUCAGAUGAGCCAUACGCCCCAGAGUCCCCUCCAGUGCCAGGGGCGACCCAGAAGAUGAAUCUGGUAGAAGCCAUUCGGAGUGCGAUGGACAUUGCUAUGGAGGGGGACUCGAGUGCCUGCAUAUUUGGAGAGGAUGUGGCUUUUGGUGGUGUGUUCAGGUGUACGGAUGGGCUGAGAGACAAGUAUGGUGAGGAGCGUGUGUUCAACUCCCCGUUGUGUGAGCAGGGGAUCAUGGGGUUCGGUAUCGGACUGGCUGUACAGGGAUCCACCGCCUUAGCAGAGAUCCAGUUUGCUGACUACAUCCAUCCAGCCUUUGAUCAGGUGAUAAAUGAGGCAUCUAAAUAUCGCUAUCGAUCUGGAGGUUUGUACGACUGUGGGCGACUCACAGUGAGGGCCCCUUAUGGAGCUGUGGGCCACGGUGGCCAUUAUCAUUCUCAGAGCGUGGAGUCCAUAUAUGCUCAUGUCCCUGGCAUCAAGGUUGUGAUCCCCCGUGGCCCUAGUCAGGCAAAAGGUCUUCUUCUCUCCUCCAUACGAGACAACAAUCCGGUGUUCUUCUUUGAGCCCAAGGCCCUCUACAGAGCAGCCAUGGAGGAGGUGCCUCAGGAUGACUACACUCUGCCACUCUCAUCUGCUGAGGUUAUGCAAGAAGGCAAAGAUGUGACUGUAGUUGGGUAUGGUGCUCAGAUCCAGGUGCUGCGUAAGGCAUGUGACAUGGCACAGGAGGAGUUGGGGGUGUCUUGUGAGCUCAUUGACCUCAGGACAAUCAUCCCUUGGGACGUCGACACUGUUGCUGAGUCUGUCUGCAAGACUGGUCGAAUGGUCAUUGCACAUGAAGCCCAACUCACUGCUGGGUUUGCCAGUGAAGUAUCAUCUACAAUACAGGAAGAGUGUUUCUUGAAUCUAGAGGCCCCUAUUCAGAGAGUGUGCGGGUGGGACACUCCUUUCCCUCUCAUUUUUGAACCGUUUUAUUUGCCAGAUAAGUUCAGAUGCUUUGAAGCAAUUAAAAGAGUUGUGAACUAUUAAUAGUCUUUUUUGUUUUUUUGUAUUUCUAUGAAUUUGUUUUUGUGAUACAAAUUAUUGAAUGAGCUCACAGAAAGUAA